GUCCGGUGAGCUGUUUCCGGUCAAUCUUCGCCGGAUUUCCAUCUCCCGUCACACCCACGAUCUCCGUCUUCCUUCCCCUUUUAUACCCACAUUUCCAGCAGCUUUCUUUCCCAGAAACACGAUUCUCGUGUCUCUUAGAAACCAUAAAAGUAAUGAUUAUAUUUUUUUUUCUUGGGAAAAUCUCAAAUUGACUCUUUCUCUGUCUAAAUUCCUGUUUAAUUUUCCGCUUUCUUGAGAGAGAGUUGAUUUUCUCCCCCAUUUUCUAACUUGAAUUCAAAAAAGUUUGAAUUUUUCCUGAAUAAAACGCUGGUUUGUCAAUGGGCCCAGCUGACUAAAUGCUUACCUGCCGCUUUCAUAAUAAAGAUCGCAGCGAGAAGUGAGUUUGCUAGUGUUACUGCCGUAUAAUUCCGUUGAUGUCUCUGGCGGAGCGGCCGGCGGCGGCGUCGUCGGUGAAAUCGGAUGGAGGAGAGGUGGAUCCGCUGUUGAAGGAUCUGAGCGAGAAGAAGCAGAGUUUCCGGCGGAGCGUGGUGUCGCUGGCGGCGGAGCUCAAGGAGGUGCGCGGCCGCCUUGCAUCUCAAGAGCAGAGCUUCGCUCGCGAAACCCUAACAAGACAGGAAGUGGAGAGCAGGGCGAAGAAGAUGGAAGAAGAAAUAAACAGAUUGCAGAAGAAUUUAGAGCAGAAAAAUCUGCAGAUUCAAGCUUCAACAUCCACUGCUGAGAAGUAUCUGUUAGAGGUGGAUGAUCUGAGAUCCAAACUCUCAGCCACUCAAGCAACUGCAGAUGCAAGUGCAGCAGCAGCUCAAGCUGUGCAACUCCAGUGUCUGGCACUCAUAAAGGAGUUGAAUGAGAAAAGCAAAUCAUUGAAGGAACACGAAGAGCGCGUGAGUAGACUCUGGGAGCAGUUGGACCUCUUGCACAAGGAUCUUCAGGCAAGGGAGUCUUCCCAAAUGCAGCUGAAACAUCAAGUCUUGAGCAUCGAAAACGAUAUCAGGCACGCUUUGGCCAAAGAACUCGACGACGUUUCGCCAAAGAAGCUUAAGAAGAUCACUGAGUUCUUAAGUCUUAAAGAUCAAGAGAUUGCCAGGAUGAGAGAUGACAUAAAGACAAUGUCUGCUCAUUGGGAGCUAAAGACCAAGGAGUUGGAAUCCCAGUUAGAAAAGCGUCAACGCGCAGAUCAACAGUUAAAGAAGAGGGUCAUUAAGUUGGAAUUUUGUGUCCAAGAGGCUCGUGCUAAGCUCCGCAUGAUGGGAGAAAAACAAGAUGAAGCUCUUAAGGAAAUCAGAGACCAGCUGGCUAGUAAACAAGGUUGUGGCGGGUCUUCAAGCAACGAGAACCAGAACUUUUGGGAGAAAUCCGGGUUCAAGAUUGUGGUCUCCAUGUCAAUGCUGGUUCUGGUGCUCUUCUCAAAGAGAUAGCUGCUUGGCUUUCUGCUCUUGGCAUGUAAAUGGAGUUUGUACAAACUACAAACGCAGCCGGUAGCUAGAGAAGGAACUCUUCAUGGCAUGUUUAGGGUAUAGUGUCGUAGAAAUCGCAGAUCGUUAGGGCAGUUUAGUGCUUAGGCCAGAAUGGUUAGAUGGGUAUUCUUACAAUGAUGAGAGGUGAUGGAACUGUC